GGGCUGGGCCGAGUGGGAGGUCAUAGGCCCCUCAGCCCCCGGGCCAUGUGGAUUAGAAAGUGACGUGGACACCAUGGGACCUUAGAGACCACGUAAUCCAAUGGGAGUCAGUGUGAGGCAGUGAAGAUUGUGCCGGGUUUGGAGCCAGAGGACAGAUCCUUCUUAUCCACUGGCCUCGGAGCAGUCAUUCAACCUCUGUGGGCCUCAGUUUCCCCCUCUGUAAAAUGAGGGGCUUGGACGUGACCCCCAGGGUCCCUUCCAGGUCUGACCUCCUCAUCUUACAUGGGAGUUACCUCAUCCAAGGUCACUGAGUGAGUGAGAAGAGCAGGAGAAAGCAAAGGAGGCCAUUUUGCCCGAGCAUGGGAUGGCACCCGAGAGUGUUUCCUUUUUCUUCUCUGGAACCGUGACCUUGCAUGGGCACUUGGUGUGUUUCAGGGAAACCGAGUGACUGAGGUGGGGUGGGAGCUCUGGCAGGUGGGUUAUUUCUGGAGGAGGGAACGACGACGAGUUUGAUUCUUCUGCUAUUGCUUGUGACGUCGGGAAGUCGCUCGAGUUUGCUGAGGAAGAAGUGACGUGGCCAGGGCCAACCUUUGGUAGCCGGCUGGAAAAUGGACCCAAGUGGACACAGACUUGACUUCCACAGCCCGAUUAAGAGGCAUUUGCAGUACUUCCAGGAAAUUGAGGCUAAGAAAGCUUGUGACUGGCUGCGAGCAGCGGGGUUUCCCCAGUAUGCCCAGCUCUAUGAAGAUUCCCUCUUCCCUCUGGAUAUCACCUCUGUGAAGAAGGACCAUGGCUUUUUGGACCAGGAUUCCCUGCGUGCCCUCUGCCGGAGACUGAUGACCCUCAACGCCUGCGCCUCGAUGAAACUGGAGGUUCGCAGUCAGCACAAAGCGAAUGAAGACCCAGAGGAGGAAGACUUGUGUGCCAUCAGCAACAAUUGGACUUUCCAGCGGGAUAGUCGGCGCUGGUCCCGCCUGGGCUCUCCAGACCUGGUGGUCUCCCCCGGAGCGGGCCUGUGGGCGGCUUCCAGCCACGAGAGCAUCCUCACCAACGUCAGCGCCGCAUCCCAGACCAGCCAACCCGGCGAUAUGGCUCGGGACACGCUGGCUGUCGUGGUGGCACCCCCGCCAGAGCCCCCAGAUCAGGCUGGGGCCCAGCUCGAGUCGCCAACGUGGGUCCCCAGUCCCAGCUCCCUCCUCGGUCUGCCCCAGGAGGCGGACGGCGCCUCAGACAAGCCGAGGAAACGCCGUACCCGAAGCUUUCUCCGGCACCUGGACUCUCUGCGGAGGAGGGAGAAGCCAGGAAGCCCCGAGGCCAGGCCGGGCCUGGGGGAGCCAAACGCUGCCGCCAAGGCCGCCGCCCCCGACAAGGUCGGGAAGGCUUUCUCCUUCCACGGCCGCCGGAGCUUUCUCUCGGCCGGCUUCUAUUCCUCCAAGAGCCAGGAUCCAGAUGCAGAGACCGAGGGGGCUGGGGCUCGGGGCUCGGGGCCCGUACCAGAGUCAAAGUGGCAGCAGCAGCAGCAUGGACACUGGCAGGCCUGCUUGGUGCACGUGCCGGGGGACCACAAGCCGGGUACCUUCCCCCGAUCUCUGUCCAUCGAGAGCCUGUGCCCCAAGGAAGGGCGCCGCCUAGUGGACUGGCAGAAGCCGGGGAGCUGGGGCCCAGAGAAACGGCGGGGCUCGUGCAGCUCCAUGGACAGCCGCCUCAGCGUCUACGACAACAUACCCGAGAUGGCGGGCAGGGGGGAGGAGCCGAGGGACUUGGAGCCCGAGGCCAACUGUGCCCAGCUGGACGACAUCCUCCAGGACAUGUGGGGCCUACAGAAACAUGUGGAGCUCUGGUCCCAGGCCGUGUGCCCGGAGAUGGGGCCGCCUCGGCAGGAAGAGGAGGAUGAAGAAGAAGAGGAGGACACAGAUUCAGUUGGAGAGCAGGCUUUCCCCUUUAGCCUGCACCUGGAAGAGGAGCACUCCAUGUCUGACGUGGGCACGUCUGCCAGUGACUUCGACAGUACCGGAAACUCCCUGAACGAAACUGAGGAGACCGAGAUCCGAGAGCGCCGGGACUCCGGCGUGGGAGCUUCGCUUACCAGGCCCUGCAGGAAGCUCCGCUGGCACAGCUUCCAGAACUCCCACCGGCCCAGCCUCAACUCGGCUUCCCUCGAGCUCAACCGCCAGUCCGUGGCUCAGCUCAACCUGCUCCACAAGGGGUCCCUUCUGCGGCUCACGGCCUUAAUGGAGAAAUACUCCGUGCCCCACAAGCAGACCUGGGCCUGGUCAGUCCCCAAGUUCAUGAAAAGGAGCAAGACUCCCAGCUACCAGGGCAAGAGUGUCUUUGGCGUGCCCCUCCUGAUCCAUAUGCAGAGGACCGGCCAGCCUCUGCCUCAGAGCAUUCAGCAGGCCAUGCGCUAUCUCCGGAGCCAGUGCUUGGACCAGGUGGGCAUUUUCCGCAAGUCUGGGGUGAAGUCCCGGAUCCAGACCCUGAGGCAGAUGAAUGAGGCCUCCCCGGAGCACGUGGUCUAUGAAGGCCAAUCGGCCUAUGACGUGGCGGACCUGCUGAAGCAGUACUUCCGAGACCUACCGGAGCCCAUCUUCACCAGCAAGCUGACCACCACCUUCUUGCGCCUGUACCAGUCAGUUGUCCCAAAGGACCAGCAACUGUUGGCUGCCCAGGCAGCUGUGGUUCUGCUGCCUGAUGAGAACCGGGAGGUGCUGCAGACCUUGCUUUACUUCCUGAGUGACAUCGCUGCCGCCCAAGAAAACCAGAUGACUGCCGGCAACCUGGCCGUGUGCCUGGCGCCCUCCAUCUUUCACCUCAACAUCUCGAAGGACAGCACUUCUCCCAGAGUUAUUCCCAGACGUGGCCAGUCGGGCAAGCCGGCCCCAAGAGACCUGAGCGAGAACAUGGCUGCCACCCAGGGCCUGUCCCACAUGAUCACUGAUUGCAAGAAGCUCUUUCAGGUGCCCCAAGAUAUGAUGCUGCAGCUGUGCAACUCCUACGUGGUGACCAAGCCUAACUCCCCUCCCCUGGCUCUGGCUGAGCUCCGGGACAAGCCUGGGGACUACCUGGAGGGGAGCGUGCAGAGCCUGCUGCAGGAGGCUGCCGAGCGAUUCAAGGGCUGGCUCAACAUGCCCGGACCCCAGCACACGGAGCUGGCCAGUAAGAAGGUCCGGGAUGGCCACCCCCUGCGCCUGUGGAAAGUGACCACGGAGGUGGCAGCUCCGCCGGUGGCGGUCCUGCAUCGAGUGCUGCGGGAAAGGGCCAUGUGGGACGAGGACCUGCUGCGGGCUCACGUGCUGGAGUCCCUGGGCCCCGGGGUGGACGUCUACCACUACGUCACAGACAGCAUGGCCCCUCAGCCCUCCCGAGACUUCGUGGUGCUCCGGAUGUGGCGCUCAGACCUACCACGAGGGGGCUGUCUGCUUGUUUCUCAGUCUUUGGAGCCUGAGGAGCCAAUUCCAGAGUCUGGGGUCCGAGCCAUGCUGCUCACUUCUCAGUACCUCAUCGAACCCUACGGCCCGGGGCACUCCCGCCUAAUCCACAUUUGCAGGGCCGACCUCCGGGGCCAUUCUCCUGACUGGUAUAACAAGGUGUUUGGGCAUCUGUGUGCCAUGGAAGUGGCGAGGAUCCGAGAUUCCUUCGCCACCAUGCGGCCCAUCCCUGAGACAAAGCUGUGAACAGGUGGGGCCAGGUGGGGCCCAGGGAUGCUCUCAUUUGGGUCUUCCCAGCAUAGCUAGCUGAAGAGAGCAAACAAACAUGGCCCCUGAACUGGGCCUGCCGAGGGCCUCGCCACCCAGCGGGGCCUAUGUGGCCCCCUUUCCUUUCCCUUACCCCUGCCCCCGCCCCCACCCCCUGACUGCCUCAUUUUGAGGUAUAGAAAAUGGAUGGGCUGGAACAACUCCUAUUUACCAGCCAGAAAACCCCAAGCCCCAGUGAAGGAGCCCCUUCCCCUCCCAGAGAGAGAGAGAGAGAGAGAGAGAGAGAGAGAGAGAGAGAAACAGAGUGAGAGAGAAACAGAGUGAGAGAGAAAGAGAGAGAAGGAGAGAGAGAGGAGAGAGUGAGAGAGAGAGAGACAGAGACAGAGACAGAGAAACAGAGAGAAAGGGAGAGAGCUUGCAGGGAGAGUAAGUGGGCAGGCCUGCUUUGACUGGGCUAGACUGGAUCUGAACCAGUGUAAUGCUGGCUUCCAAGAGACCCCCAAAUGAGAGCCCCAGACUGGGAAGGGUUGGGGAUAUCUCUCUGUGGCCCCCAAGAGACCAGCACCUCCCCUCUAUGUGGAGGUUUCUCCCCGCAGUGAGCCCUUAUCACCAGGGCCUGGGCAAAAGGAGACCGAGUGGGGUGUCGGGGUGUCUCCUAGUGCGGAGCCAGUCUAUCGGAAAGCAUGGCAGAGGGCGCUUUGUCCGGUGCUUGCCCGAUAUCCCUGACAAGGCCUCCGACCCCUGCUCGAGGGCUCCCCUCUCCCCUAGGCCCGUGAGGCUGCCCAUCGACUUCCCUCGGCACAGUGCCGCUCAGUGGGAAGGUUUUCCUUGAUAUCAAGCUCAAAUUGCGGGGCAGCGUGGCAGGUAGGAAGUUGGGCUUUGGCACCAGGAAAGCCUCAGUUCCGGUCCCGCAUCUAAUCUGUCCUGACUUUGUGACCCUGGGCAAGUCCUUGACCUCUCACUGAGACUGGUGAGAAUCUGCCCUGGUGGAGAGACUUCUCAACUGGAGGGACCUUCCCCUCUCCCAGUGACAUCCCAGAUCCAACCGCCUGGCCACCAGGCUGUUGAUUUCCUCCUAGAUGCAGUCUACGUUAAUCACCACCGGGUGACGGCGGUGCCGGGGCUGCGGCCCUGAUGGUAUCAGCCGGCGGUCCAUUCCGCUGGCUGGCGGCCCAUUCCGCUCGCCGCCCCAGUGGCUGCUAGAAGAUGACGGCCGGCUUUACGUGCCGUGGCAAAAGCGGGAGGCGAAUUAGACCUCCCCGUGGCCCGGCCUCCGGCCUGCCCGGGCCCCCGUUUCGGCCGACCGUGGCGGUCCGGCGUUGCCCGAGCCCCGGGCGGUAGUGUGAUCAUGCAGGUAGCCUGACAAACCAGCUUAGCCAGCAUUGCUUAAGUGCUUUCUGUAUACGAGACACCGACUGUGCUAAUCAGCCGGGACUUCAUCCCCGAGCGCCGUAGUGAUAGAAAGGACCUUAGGGAUCGGCCUGGUGGGCGAAGGAGGCGGCCUCUCCUAAGGUCAGAAAUAGCUAGUCAGGGGCAGAGCUGGGGCUUGAACUCGGGUCUCCCAAGUGUCCGGCUAGUGCUCUCUUGCCUUUCUUCUGAUAGCCGUAACCACUCUUGUCUAUCUCUGGCAUUUCAAAUCCCACGCCUUUUUUGUAGAAGUAAUUAUUGGGACAGGGUGGGGGGGAGCGGGGAGCGGGGAGGGGGGAGGGGGCAUAGCUGUUAAUCUAAUUAAUUACAGUUUUUAAGCCUGUCUCUUUUGUACCUAUAAAUACUGUACAGUCGGGAUAUAUAUUAAUAUAUACAUAUGUAUAUGCAUAUCUUUAUACAUAUAUACACAUAUAUAUUGUGUAUAUAUCUCACGAUAUGUAUUUGUGGUCUUGGGGGGGCAGUGGUGUGAGGUGCUUAAGACAGGCAGGUAUGGGAGAGCAAAGACCCUUCACCCGGCAAAUAAAGUACUCAUGAGCGUUA